AUGGCCAAUUGCCUCCUUACCAAGGAAAAGCUUAGUAUCAUAAUCCCAAUCACAGACCCAAGGUGUUAUUUAUGCCAUAUUGAGGUUGAAUCCUCCCUCCAUUUGUUCUGGCAUUGUGACUUUGCGCGAGCAGUGUGGUUCGGUAGUCGGUGGCAGAUAAGAACGGAUUAUUCACGCAUUGACUGCUGGGAAGGGUGGCUUGACUGGUUCUCAUUGGAUACUAAUCGCCCCGUUGGGCUUCACUUACACUCGUUCCUAGGAGGGGCUGCCACCAUAUUUGAAAGCUUAUGGCGCGAAAGAAAUAAUCUAGCUCAUGGGGGCACUCCUACUCCUAUGCACAUUCUCAUCCAACAUAUAAAUACAAGGAUCCUUGAAAUUAUGGAGGAUGUGCAAUCUCAGCACGCUAGUUUAGUUGAGUGGCUACCGCCACCGCCUGGAUGGUUGAUCUGUAAUACGGAUGUUUCAAUUGGGAACCACCAGUCGGCUGGGGCUGUGGUUUUCAGAAACGAAGAUGGAAAAUUUACCAAUUGUUUCACCUUUCGGCUAGUGGUAAGUGAACCUCUCUUAGGAGAGAUAAUGGUUCUUUGUAAAGGAGCGGAAGAAGCGUUGAAGCUUGGGUAUUCAAAGAUGAUCUUCCAAAAUGACUCCUCUACUGCAACUGCUGCUCUGAAGUCGAAUAGGCAGGAAGUUGGAUCCCUCCAUCACAAUAUUCAAGAGCAGGUGGCGGCUUUCAGAUACUCCGUGGAUCAGCUUGAGUUGUGGGAAGUCUCCUGGAUUCCGAGAAAUUGCAAUAGUGUGGCCCAUUCGGUGGCUAAAUGGGCGAAUCAGAACAAUCAAUUUGGUUGGAUUGAUCUGUCUUCUGAGAAUGGCACUCUGCCCCCUGCGUUAGCAGGGAUGGAAUGUCUCUAG